GCUCAGCCGCGUCCAAAAGCGCGCCUCUUUGAGCGGAGCGGCGCGGUGCCGUCUCCAGGCGCCAUGGCGUCCCAGGAGAAGGAGGGACAAAGCCGGCUGAAGAAGCUCCAGAAGGUCAUCAAGGAUGCCUUCGCCUGCUUCGACCAGCAGCAGAAGUGGCAGAUUGAGCCAGACGAGGUAGGGGCCGUCAUGCGCUACCUGGGCCAGUUCCCCAGUGAGUCUGAUUUGAAGGAGACGAUCAUCCCUGAGCUGCAGGAGGAAGACCGCUCGAAGGACGGCCUGGUCUCCUUCGAGGCCUUUGAGCGGCUCAUGCUGAGGUGCCUCAGUGAGCACACCUACGACCCGGACGACUCCGAGACCCUCUUGGCGGCUUUCCGGGUCCUAGACCCACAGGGCCUCGGCUAUAUCGACUCGAACCUGAUGCACGAGUGGCUGUCCACCAAGGGUGGGAAGGCGAUGGACUUCUUCAAGGAACGGGAGACCUCGGACUUCCUGGAGUAUGCGAAGGAUAAAGACAGCUCAGAUUCCAGCCGCAUCUACUACGAGGACUGUGUAGCGAAGCUAAACGAUGACAUUGAGAAGCACCUGGAGAGUCUCUACCAGGCUGCCCGCGGCUCCAGCAGCCAAUGAGCGAGUUGCGAGUCCGCGCUCGUACGCGUGCGGGUGCCUGUGAGGGAACCCGCUGGUCGUGAGGUUUGUGAGUGGAAAAGGUUCUUUGAGGCGAGAAAACGACGCCGGCAGCUGCUGCCGAGCAAAGCGUCGCGCGCGAGCGCUGAAGAGCGGCGCCGAGCG